GUUUGUAGUACGCUUGAAAACUCAAGCAGCAAUGUGUAGCUUUGGUGAUGAAGUAGAUAGCAUGGUUAUGGACCAAAUUGUUUAUGCUACUCAAAAUGACGACAAGCUGAGAGCUAAAUAUUUGGAAUGUGACACAACACUGGACGAAAUGUUGAAAAUUGGGCGCACGUAUGAAACUGUUAACCAACAGGUCCACGAAAUUCGAUUCAAAUCGCCUGAUAACAUUGAAGUCAAUGCUAUCCUGAACGCCGACAAUGUACACAGAACGAAGAAAUUGUCUUGCGUCAGAUGUUCGGGAAAUCAUACGUCAGUAGAUCCUUUAUGCCCAGCUCGAGGAUCACGAUGCAACAGAUGCAACAAAUUAGGCCAUUAUGCACGCUGUUGUAGAGGGGCAAAGAAACCAUUUCAAAGACAGCCCAAGUCGAUUGAAGGACGGAAGCAAAGGUCAGAUCAACAAAAUCAUGGAAGCUAUGCAAAUCCAAAACCGAAGUUCGUGCGGGAAGUUGAUGAUGUCACAAAAAGUGUGGAAAUUCGAGAACUUUUUCACCUGAACGGAAAGCGUACAACAAUCGCCGCAGUAGGUGGGGUCGAUCUUCGACUUAUCAUCGAUACAGGAGCCGAUGAGGACGUGCUCGGCAUAGACGAUUGGACCACCUUGAAACGAGUUGGAUUUGAAGCUUACGACAUCAGAAAGGGAAGCGAUAAAAUAUUUCAAGCCUACGGAUCAAAUAAACCGUUGAUAGUCUUAGGAGAGGUAGACGCAAUGAUCGCAGUGGGAGAGCAAUCCUGCCGGACAACCUUCUUUGUUAUUCAAGAUGGAAACAUUCACUCCUCUCUGGACAAACGGCGGAACGUUUGGGAGUGGUGA